AUGGUGCGGAAGGGCGGCGCAGCCGCUGAAUUCGUGUAUGGGUUGGGUCUCAGCUCCCUACAGCCAGCGGAUCAAGUGGAUAACGACGAGGAAACGCCCUUACGUUUUGUUAGCGUGCAGCUACAGCUCGCGGAUUCAAGCAAGAAUCUGGACGUUGACCUCCACGCAUUCCUCUUUGAGGCCGACGGUACAUACGUAGACUGUGUGUUUUAUAAAAACCCGACCCUUGCCGGCAGAAGUGUCCGGCUUCUUCAGCAAGAUCAGGAGCUCCUCGUAGACUUACGCUACAUCCCUCAGAGGUGCAGUUUCAUCGUCUGUACUUUGGCGAUCUAUUCCGGUGGCACCGUCGCUCAACUAGGGGACUGCUCCGUCCAGCUCAGCGCGCUAGUCCCUCGCUUAGGGUUAGGGGAAAAUGCAGACUUCCCUCAUCUUCCAUGCGGCCAGAUUCCCCCUGGCUCCUCCAAGUUCUAUGAAUGGGUGUGCCUUGGAAUGCUCCCUUUGAGGCCGAGAAGCAGUCUUGGGGAGGAAUGUGGUAUAAUGCUGUGCCUGCUCGCCCAUCAUGCCGGCUUUUGGUACUUCAAGCCUGUGUUGAAACCCGUCACAGCCUUCACACCUCAGGGGCUCAUCGAUCCAGCGCAGGAUUACGUGACGCGGCAUCUUGCCGGCCAGAGUGAAGAAAUCCCGGGUAUAGAACUUAGCUCUCUAAUUAACGCAGCUCGCGAAGGUAACCAUAUGCAGUUUGAAUUGGCAGAUGCAGAAGAAUGUCUAACAACCUGUCGUGCUUGUCGUUCUCUGCGGGCACUGUUUUUGUAUAGUGGUACUGCUACUGGGAGAUGCGCAAAAGGGGACAAGUUGGGGUUAUUUACACGCGGCGAAGUCAAGCCAGUGUGGCAUGGCGCUGAAGAGCAAACGGGUGAAUUCAUUUGCAAGGACACCAAACAGCAUAAGCUGCCAACUGAAGAUCAAGGAGAUAUGGCUGUGGGGAAGACAACUGGCAAGCAGAGAUCUCAAGUUUUUCAGGCCAGUGCAGAUUCUGCACGUGGCAGAUUCCCAGCGCAGGUCCAAGCAGGAAGCAGACAUCUGGGCCACAGGAUAGCUGACCACAGACGUGAUCACGGUGUUUCCCCGUUCAAAAGCAAGGAUCGAGAGCCUUUAUAUGUGGGGCGGCACCCUGAGGACAGACGUGGGGGAGGAGACAAGGCAAAGCAGAAAGAAGCCUUAGGCACCUCACAAGAUGAGGACUAUUGUGGGGACGUUUCGGAAACGCCGAUGGAUCGAAGACUCAGCGACGGCGGUGCUAUUCAGGAGGUAGGUUCAGGCAAACGCAAAGGUGCUGAAGGUGGGACCAAUCGCUUUGAUGGGAAGUCAAGAUCUGCCGAUAUGCUGACCGGAAACCAUGGAUCCGCCAAUGGAGAGCCCUUGUUCAUAUCGUAUUCUCCUGUCGAGGAGUACGGAGAGGAACCCUGCCAUGGGAUGCACGCAUACGGGUGGCAAGAUGUGGCAGGCAGGAAUGACUUGUGGAGAGAAUCUGUUGAACGGCGUCUACGUGCAUUAGAACGUUCUGUCGAAAGCAUCGGGAGCAACAUCCAAACGGUUGCAGAAGCGACGUCCGAAAUGCAAAAAAACAACAAGCUUUAUAUUCAGGAACUUCGCGAGAGGUUUAAAGAGCUAAAGAGUGACGUCGCUUCAGAUAUUGAGUCUGCCUUAUCGGGACCCCUGGAAACCCUCAGCUUGAGAGUAGAGGAGGUUAAAGACGACGGAGGAGCUGAUGCAAAGCAGUUAGCAGAACAACAGCGAAAACUCUGUGCGGUAGACAGGAUGGUUCUUUUUCUCGAACGGAAUUGGCAUCUCCUAGCUCAGUCUAUAUCCGAACUUCGAUUUCAACUUUCGGGACUUGAACAACGUAUUGACCAAGCUGUACCCGCUAUUCGCGACUCCACUGUGCCGCCGACGGAUCAUGCAAAGGGACUGCCUUUGCCGCUGGAGUCAUCCGCUUUUAUUCAUAAUAUCGAAGAGCCCCAUGAGAAGAAAGUAAUUGCGGCAUGCAGGAUCCCGGGAGAUAAUGCAACAAGUGCUCCGCAGGGCGAUGGGCAAACCGCCUUCGCCUCCAAGGCUUUGGAAGAGCUUAGCCGCAUACAGAACCACGCUGAGGCAUUUGGAGCGUGCAUGCGACGGCUGGCCAGUGGAACUGCUCCAGAUGGUUUGAAGGGACUCAAUCCAAUUGAACGCCGCGUUUUGUCCUUUGCGGGGACUCCUAAGGUGUUUGCAGCACUGCAAGAGCUGGAGAGGGCCCUGGAAACCAUUAAUUUGUGUGGAUCAGGAUCCUCCGGAACUCGGCUAUAUUAG